AUGAGGGAGGCGAUGGGUGUAAUGAUAGUGUCUUCAUCUAACCCAAUUAAUAUAACCAAACCAACUCAAAUCACGCGAACCAACACCUUCAUCGUCCCCGAGACCGACUAUACCCACAGACCAUCGCAUACAAUCAGUCACAAUCAAACAAAUCUAGACCUCGAUACCGCUUUAGCGGAAUCCUCGUCAGAGCCCAGAUUACCACAAUUAUCUCUAAUCAACCACAAAUCAACAGCCCGUCAGCCACACCUCAUUAUCACACAGCCUGCCAAGGGCAUCUCAGACCCCCAACUUGGGAAACCAGUCUCAUCUACACGUUUCCCUCCACGUCAACACAAACACAAGAUUGCCAGAAUCAUGAACUACCCAAAUAGAGAAUUGGGGCACUGGAUCGUCGGUGCAUAUGUAUACGACGCCAUCUAUGGCAACACUACACGUACCACUCUACGCUUUACCAACUUCCCCGAGAAGUGGUGUGCAGAUGGCAAAGCCCACGAGAUUUGAACCUCAUAGUGCGAACAUUGAUUGAGAAAAAAAUAAAGACCGGCAAGUGUGAACAGGACAUACACUAGGGCCAGCACAAUUAGGGGGCAACAAUACAAUAACCAUCAACCCAAUCAAGAUUCCCAAAAAUCAAUUUGCAUAGAUGUCGGCUGAUACAAUCAAAAGAACCCAAUCAAGCAUAUGCCAGAUUAAUAGCUUACCCUUGGUCUGCAGACCAAAAGUGUAUCGUCUUCGUAUGUUGCACCAACGCAACC